AUGUCAUCGCGUUAUCGCCGUCGUUUGAUGACCGCCGGCGACGACGUCGGCGGCAGUGCGCCGGAGCUGCGUUGCCCCGCCCAUUGCCGUUGUCCCGCCCAUUGGCGCAGCUGCAACGACUUCGGCUCCACCCGCUCGUCGUCGUCAUCGUCAUCGAAACGACGCAUCGAAUACCCGGUUUCACUCGCAAAGUUCAUCAUGUCCGACAACGGUACUACGGAAAGUCCAGCUUCUACACCACCACCACCACCAUCAUCUCAAGCUCCAUCGACACCAUCGCAUCAAACCAACACACGUGAUCGUCUAUUUGGAUCUGAAGUAUCAAAACCAUCACCGAAAAAGAUCAACCCCACCUUUAAAUCGUCAAUUUUCGAUUCGGCUCCGCCCACAUCACCACAGCGAACCCCAAAGAAAACUAUUCCAUCACUUGCACGAAACCCUAUCACCGGUGAAGUGAAGCAAACAGCACCACAACAGCAAAUCAGUGUCUGA